AUGCAGGAAUGGAUUGCACCUGCUUAUCAGUUGUGGACGAUUGUUCGGGAAAGCUUAAAGAUAGAGGCUUUCCGGCAGCUCGGCAAAGAGGAACAAGCAUUCAAAGAUGUUUUACGCAGAAAAUUGAAUAGCGGGAGACUUCAUGAGUUUCAGGAGAAGAUGGUUGAGCUGGAAGAAAGGAUCAAGAACAGCAAUGUGUUUCACAAGCUGCAAAAAACAUUGAAUGCGAUGGAAGUCGGAGUUCUCAAACAAGAGCUCAAAAUAUUCAAGAACGUGAUUGGAAUUUAUGAGAAAAGAAUGAGUGAGUCAGUACAAACGUGCAGCUUGGUGGAGGAAAAAAUACAUUUAUAUGAAAAACAAUUGGAAACAAAUGUUAUGCAGCAGGAUCGGCGACUCUUGAUUGAAGAGUUCAGGAAUGGAAAUGACCAAUGCCAUUUUGUUCUGUCAUGGAUGCAAGUUAGAUAUAAAUCAUUUGAUUUCAUGCUGAAAAUCGAGAAACAAAUUGAAUUUUUAAUUGAUAGAUCCAACGAGGAUUUGUGUGCCUUAUUACAACAGAAUGUGGCCAUUGCUGAUUCGAGAAAGGUUAUCAUUCGAAACAUGUGUGAAAUAGAAAUAGCCGAGAAUUUCGUUCAUCUUACUUAUAUGGACGAAGGGAUGCAGUCUGUAGAAAUGCCGGGUUACCAGGGCUCGUUAGACGCAACAGUUCGAGUUACGAAAGAAAUGUUGCAGUCUACAGAAAAAUCGGUUGAUUGUGCGAAAGUGGACCUAGAGAAAUAUAGAGAACUGUUGACUGUGCCGCAGUCUAUGACCAAAACAUACGAUGAUGAGUUGUUCAAAGAAUUAUUUGAAGUAACACAAAAGCACAUAAGCACGAGAUUAUCAGCGGUUUCCCUCAAGGAGAAAUUGUUCAAGAUGGAAUCAACUGUAUUUGCAAAUCUGGCCACAAAUGACUGUUUGCAGAUGGAAUCGAUUCGUGGUUUGGCAGAGGUGAAAAACUUCUUCGGAAUGACCAAUGAUGACACUUUGAAAACUGAAUUGGUCGGUUUUGUGUGUGAUCAUUUAAAAUUUCGGAGUCCAACAGUAGCAGCAUUAGCUACACCACGCUUGAUAGAUAUUCUUACGCUUGUUAUCUUUCGAAAGCAAGCAACUAUAAUGAGGUUGCUGAAGAUAUUACCUCCCCAAAAUGUGUACACAUUUUUCGCACUGGACAGUAUUUCCACCGAGGUGUUAGAAAAGCCCACAGAAGUGCCACCAGUUUGUUUUCCACUUGCUGACCUUCUAUCCGAUAGUCCACUUCGUUCGGCCUUGAAAUAUUUGUUGCGACAGCAUUACUACACUGAUUAUGCCACAGCAGAGGUCAUGGCCACGCGAAACACGCUUCCAGAUACUACUGUGUUUUGCGUGAAGGAAGGCUUAAUAUUGAGUGACGGUCUAAUAAUCGGAGGAUUCGUUCCAAGUGCGGACAUAUUUACCGAUACUCUAGUUGAGAGUGUUGAAUUAUCAACUGAGGCCAUCCAGCAUCGGCAACGGAUACGAGACGAGUUGAAUGCAUCCGCAGAAUUCGAGAAGCAUCGAAAUCACAUUUUGAAAAUGAUGUUGUUUGCUGGACAGGAUUCCUUCUCUAGAUUCUCCGGGUUGUAUCGCUCGUGUGUACAAUGGUCCGAAAUUCCCACUCUCAUAACGCAAAUAUCUGAACAAACGCACCUCUUAUUGAGGCAAGAAAGCCGCGUCGAACUGUGGAGCAAAUUCCUUAUAGAAUUGAAAUUAGGCCAGCUAAGGGACAUCGAUGAUUGUGCACAACGAAUCAAAGAGCAGAAAAAUAUGAUGGAAAAGCACACGCGUGACAUGCACCAGCUUGAAGUUACGCAUGCAAAGCUUCUCGCCGAGUUCAAAGAUAAUCUACGUCUGCUUCGCGAACUGUUGAUCUAUGCGGAAAGUUUGAGGGAUUUCUAUACCCGCCCGGAUUUUCAGGAACAGCUUUUGGUAUACUGGAAAGAGUACGGAUACAAAAUGUUGAAAUCGUGCGAACGACUUCAAAACGAUUUGGCAGAACCCGAUACAUUGGAUGUUCUGGACAAGAUGGAUCAUUUGGAGCGGGAUGCGUGCGUGGCAAAACGAAAAAUUUUACAAUUUGACGCCCUCCUACGCGGAUCGGACCGAUUUUAUCACGAAUUCCGCGAACAAGUGAUAAACAAAAUAAAAAUUUUAAAUCCCGCUCAAUUCGUAGUUAGACCGUGUGAAUUGCAGCAUCUCUACGAAUCUAAGAAGCAACUAAAUUCAAGCAAUACUCAACCUGGGUACAAGAAGUCGGAAAUCGAUCGAAUCAAACGGAAACUCGAUUUAUUGAGGGAGCACAAACGACUGGCUGCCAGCUAUCGGACGCCACAUUUGACCAAUAUGACGCUGUCUUGUAUGGAGAAGCUGGCGGUCAUCAAGUUGCGAUUGAUCACCAACAUGAUGGCACAGAUUCCUGUGUUUGCGGGAGAAGCGAGAAAGCUUGGGUUGCACUUCCAGUAUGACCAAACGAAGUAUUUACCGGGCGAAGAAGAUGACCCAAAAAUGCAUCUAUUCAGCAUUCAAAACAUUGUCGGUCUCUCGGUUGGCGUCAUAGAUGGCGAGCGGACGAGAUUUAGUAAUUUGCUUGAUAGAAAAGUGCUGGCUCAUCUGAUUUUUUUUGUAUGCUUUUUGUCCCUUGAGAAAUGCAAGCUGCUUUUUUUGAACGAUUGUUUUACGGGACUUACCGACGAGGAGCAGGAACAAAUCCACAAUAUAUUGCAAAUAUUGUCUCGGAACAUGCAAAUUUUCGUUUCUGAGAGAUCGAAAUAGUCCUUAUGAGACAGUCUUUGCAGCGUUGUACCAAAAAUACCGAAAA